UCCGCAGCAUGCAUCGUAGCGAUGGUACCCCUCGUCAAGAUGCACGACAUGUCAAUCAGGGAACUGUCCGUUCGGCUCGGAGGCACCAAAACAGGCUUGCUGAACGCUAGUAUGGUAAGUGCCAUGGUGUUAAUAUAUGGACAGUUCAUUGCUCUGCGAAAGUGCGAGUUGCGCGUCGUCCAGUCGUCUCUCAUUGGGGCGAUGUUAAGUAAGCUAUUGCUGAUCCUGGGGAUGUGUUUCUUCGCUGGAGGGAUGCGUUUCACCCAACAGGACUUCGAUGCUACCGCGACGCAAGUACAUUCCUCCUUGCUGAGUUUGAGCGUCGGGGCGGUGCUGCUUCCUGCUGCGUUUCACUUCACACUCAGUGACCGAUCGCCAGGCGAAAGCGUCAAAGCCUCGAUUGAAGAGCAGAAGCAAGACAUUCUGCGCAUGAGCCAUGGGGUGUCAAUAAUCCUCAUCAUCAUUUACAUCUCGUACAUGCUCUUCCAGUUCUGGUCUCAUUCACAUCAUUUCACGGACACUCAGGCACCCAGCAAUAAGCUCCCCAAUGCCAUCUCUGUACGCUCUAUGGCUUCUCGUGUUCGCCCUCCUAGUCCAGUGCUGCGCAGAUUAAUGAGCCCGACACCAACGCUUACCAACGUACUCGGCAAGACCCCGCGGUCACAGAGCCCCAUGCCCCCUCGGGCACCAUUCAUGUAUCAGCCGACUGCGACGUCGCCCUCUUCGAGUAGUGGCAUUCUGAAGGCGUCACCAUACCCAUCGCAAUCGACCGUGAAUGUGAAUGCCGCGUCGUCCACCGUGCGCCUUGUACCUGAAUCCGAGAGAGCACCCUCAUCUCCAGGCUCACCAGUCUCAGAGAUCGAGCGCGCAUCACUAAUUAGCGAGCUGUUGUCGUCGUACUAUGGGGAUUUGGAGACGCUCGGAUAUGCGGAGCAACAAAAGGGCAAGAAAGAGGAGCGCCUCGAACGAAAACCCCAGCUGAGCUGGCUCUUGACAAUGAUCUUGCUACUUGUAGUCACGGUGCUGGUCGCAAUCGACGCGGAAUGGAUGAUUGACUCAAUCGACAACAUUUCGCCAACCAUCAGUAAGGAGUGGAUCGCUCUCAUUCUGCUGCCUGCAGUUGGUUCGCUGGCGGAGUGCAUCACGGCUACCAGCGCGUCUGCUAAGGAUCGCCUUAGCUUGAGUAUCAGUGUCGCUGUUGGCUCUACUAUUCAAACCGCACUAUUUGUCAUCCCGCUCAUGGUCCUCUUGGGCUGGGUCCUGGGCAAGCCUUUGGCCCUACUGUUUGACCCUUUCGAGUCAAUUGUAUUGUACAUCUCGGUAAACACAAUGGGGUAUGUCGUCGCUGACGGCAAGUCUAACUGGCUCGAAGGGAUCAUUCUGAUCGGUCUGUACGUUGUCGCGGCUGUGACCUUCUGGUUCUACCCAGGAUCGAACUUUUCCGCUAGCCUCGCUGUAUGUUCCACCUCGUAAUAGUAAUUGGGCUCAUACGUCAUAUCUUUCCGUUUACGCCUUCAUUCUAAUUCCUAGAUUCCCUCAUUCCUUUACUCCCAUUCUCACUCAUCCAAUCGUUUUAUAGAACCACACAACAUGAUACAUGGACUGUAGACCACCGAGUGGACACAUUUUACUCCUAUGCGCGUAAUCAUACCCUUCCUCAUCCCAUUUACAUGUAGUCAAGGGUAUCAUCGAACAUUAAUUUACUUCACGCUCCUUUGUAUAGACUAGAGUGUACUUCUAGUAGAAUGUAUAUAGACGGACACCAUUAGGGACUUUUCA